GUUGCUGGUUGGGGGGAUGCGGCCUCCGCCGUGACUUCUUUCUGCCCUCGCCACGGCCUGCAAGGAAGGAGACGGGGCGAGUAACGGCUGCGUGGCGGCACCGGUUGUGGAGCGUCCCUGUAAGGUUGUCCAGGCCCUGCGUGAUUUUUCUUUUCCUCCACUUUUUAAAGAAAGCCGUGACUUUGUGACAGUGACAUCGCCCAGUAAAAAAAAAAGCCUGCGGGAACUUCAUGUGUGCGGACUCAAACUGGCCUCUUUUUCUCCCUCUUUCCCCUCCCCACCUGAAAUCGAGGCGUUCUGGCAUGACAGGGGAAAGAGCCCUGUGUGACGGUGACACUUAGCAUCAUGCUGGCCCCGGAUGCGUCACGCCCGCCUGCUUCUUGUGCUGAGUGGUCAGGAGUUUGUCAAGAAGCACUUUCUUUUGCUUCCGUGCUGUACUGCGAGCCGUGCACUGACUGGAGUAGGCAGCCCAGACCUGACUUUCUGAAUUUAGCUUGUGCGUAAAUACUGCCAUUGAGUCUAGCAUCCUGCGCUGCUUUUCAAAAGCAAAUAACUAGAUCCUUUUUUGAACUGUGGUCUCUAGAGAUGGGUACGCAUACCUUUAUAUUCUUAUGUCUAGAAGACACCCCUGAUGGAGGACUUUCUGGGGACAGUUUUUGACGUAAGCGUUUUACAAGUGGAACUGAAAAAGGCGUUAUUUAAAGUUCUUGGAGUAGGAGCCUCUGAAGGGACAGGAUGGCUGUGAGCAUGGAUGAUGAUGUUCCCCUCAUCCUCACCCUGGACGACAGUGGAAGCAGCGCCUCAGCCCCUCUUGAUGACCUGGAUCGGGAGGAGCUGCCUAACGAAAAUGGAGGUAGCUAUGACGUUAUUAAUGAUGCAUCCAGCCCUGCUGCAGGAGACUGCUGCGCGCAGCAAAGCUCUGCCCGACACAACUGGGAAAUGAACUACCAAGAGGCAGCAAUCUACCUCCAGGAAGGAGAAAAUAAUGAUAAGUUCUUCACUCACCCCAAAAAUGCCAAAGCACUUGCUGCCUACCUCUUUGCACACAAUCACCUUUUCUACCUAAUGGAGCUGAGCACAGCACUGCUUCUCCUGUUGCUGUCUCUCUGCGAGGCACCAGCUGUUCCUAUGCUCCGUCUUGGCAUCUUUGUCCAUGCAACCCUGGAGCUGUUUGCGUUAAUUGUGGUAGUCUUUGAACUCUCAAUGAAGAUGAGGUGGCUGGGCUUCCAAACCUUUAUCAGGCACAAAAGGACUAUGGUAAAGACUUGCGUGCUGUUUGUACAGUUCAUAGAAGCCAUCGUGGUGUUGGUACGCCAAACCUCGCACGUCCGGAUAACGAGAGCUCUGCGCUGUAUCUUCUUGGUGGACUGCCGUUACUGUGGUGCCGUCAGAAGAAAUCUGCGACAGAUCUUCCAGUCCCUCCCACCAUUUAUUGACAUUCUUCUCCUCCUGCUUUUCUUCAUGGUGAUUUUUGCCAUCCUGGGUUUUUACUUGUUUUCUCCCAACCACUCAGAUCCGUACUUCAAUACCUUAGAGAACAGCCUCGUGAAUCUCUUCGUGCUUUUGACCACUUCAAAUUUCCCUGACGUGAUGAUGCCAUCUUAUGCCCGGAACCCCUGGUCCUGUGUCUUCUUCAUAGUGUAUCUCUCCAUUGAGCUGUACUUCAUCAUGAACUUGCUUCUCGCUGUUGUGUUCGACACUUUCAAUGACAUCGAGAAAAGGAAGUUUAAGUCCUUGCUGCUGCACAAGCGCACAGCCAUACAGCAUGCCUACCGCUUGCUGAUCACCAAACAGAGGCCGUCUGGAAUUUCCUUCAAGCACUUUGAAGGGCUGUUGCGGUUUUACAAGCCUCGGAUGUGUGCCAGAGAGCGAUAUCUCACUUUCAAAGCACUGAAUCAAAGCAAUACUUCUUUAGUCAGUCUAAAGGAUUUUUACAAUUUCUAUGAAGUUGUUGGCUUAAAAUGGAAGGCAAAACGAAAUCGCGAGCACUGGUUUGAUGACCUUCCACGGACAGCAUUCCUUAUUUUUAAAGGCAUCAACAUCCUUGUGAAGUCCCGUGUGUUCCAAUACACCAUGUAUACUGUGGUGGCUGUGAAUGGAAUUUGGAUUCUUGUUGAAACCUUCAUGCUGCAAGGAGGGAAUUUCUUCUCCAGAAACGUCCCGUGGAGCUACAUAGUCUUCCUCACAAUCUAUGGCGUGGAGCUGCUCCUGAAGACCACUGGACUGGGGCCCAUUGAGUACCUGUCCUCUGGUUGGAAUCUCUUUGACUUCUCAGUCACCCUGUUUGCAUUUUUGGGGCUCAUGGCACUGGCAUUUAACAUGGAGCCAUUCUACUUCAUUGUGGUCUUGCGACCCCUUCAGCUGCUGAGGCUAUUUAAAUUGAAGAAGCGCUACAGAAAUGUCCUGGACACUAUGUUUGAGUUGUUCCCCCGGAUGGCCAGCCUGGGUUUAACCCUGCUGAUCUUCUACUAUUGCUUUGCCAUUGUUGGCAUGGAGUUCUUUGCUGGUGUGGUCUACCCGAACUGCUGCAACACAAGCACAGUCGCAGAUUCCUAUCGCUGGGUGAAUCAUACAGUUGGCAACAAGACGGUUGUGGAAGAAGGUUAUUACUAUCUCAACAACUUCGACAACAUUUUGAACAGCUUUGUCACGCUGUUUGAGCUGACAGUCGUCAAUGACUGGUACAUCAUCAUGGAAGGGGUGACAUCCCAAACCACUCACUGGAGCCGUCUUUACUUCAUGAUCUUCUAUAUUGUGACCAUGGUGGUGAUGACAAUCAUCGUGGCUUUUAUUCUGGAUGCUUUUGUCUUCCGCAUGAACUACACUCGGAAGAACCAAGAUUCAGAAGAAGACAAUGGCAUUGUGCUGGAGAAGGAGAUCUCCAAGGAGGAAGUGGUUGGCAUAAUCGAGCUGUACAAGCGGAGCUCAGCUGCCACUGAAACUGCACAGCUGCAGAAAAUUGUUUUGCAGAUGGACAAAUACGGGCAAAUGUCAACACUGUUUCUGGGACGCAGAUCAAGGACCAAGAGUGAUUUGAGUAUGAAGAUGUAUGAGGAGGAGAUACAGGAAUGGUAUGAGGAGCAUUCCAGAAAAGAGGACUCUCAGACACCGUUGCAAGAGCCUGCAUCUGCUUCCAACAGCUCUCUGAAGCCCCUGAGCCUCCGACAACGCUCCCAGACUGUCAUUUAGGCCUAGCUAACGCAAGCCGCCUUCUAUGCAAUAACCUAGAGUAUUACUUCACAACGUAUAUAUUGGGAUGAUGUAUAUAGAUCUGUUCAGUGUACUGUUUGGCUUUAGGGUUUAAAUCUCUUCCCCUAGGCAGUGAAUUGCUGAAAAACCAGAGGCUCAGGGGACUCUGUGUAAGGCUGCUACACACAGAUUGAGCAUGAUGCCCAUGCUCGGCACAGAGUGAACAUCUCGGACAGAACAGAGACCUUCUCCCUCUGAGCCACUUGCCAGGCUCAAGCCUACUGUUUUUCUUACCGCUAACAGACUUUGGGGAAAGGGAUGUGUAAUCCAUUAACAGCAGGAAAUGUGCUGAAGCCACCUGCUUAAUAUUAAAACUUUAGCCCUUUUUGAAGAUCUCUUUUGCUUAAAGGGUACCAUUAACC